GGCCACUGUGCGUCCUCAAGCCAGGCAGUGGCGCGAAAGCGCGGUUUUCAGAAGCGACCAUGGCGUUCGGAGGCAUUCCACCUGUUUCCUCUUGCAGCAACACAUUCAUUCUAUCCAGCUAGCUUAGCUUGCCACCCAGCGGCCCAAAAAUUUGGCGUUCAGACUCGAUUGGAUUGUUGGCCUCUGUAGCAAUUAGUUCAUCUACCUUCCUUUCGUAGACAGUCCAGCAUCAAGAUCUGUAAUUGAUUGAAUUUUGGAUCCAUUUUGGUUAGCCGGAGCCUUUUGUUGACUUUAUUUUUGAAGCAUACAAUCAUAAUCAUGGCCGAUCAUCAACAACAGCAACAACCCCUCCGACCGGCCCUUCGACGUCCUGGUCAACCACCUCGCCAAAUUCCACGUCGUGAUCCAGAAGAGGAAAAUCGCUAUCCUCCUGGAAAAGUCAUGUUGAUUGCCUUUUUGGGUGGCGUGGCGUUGCUGUUGGGCUGUUGUGUGGCCAUUCUCCAACUUCGCAUCAAUCAAGCCCAUCAACGUCUGUUGGCGCAAAGCAAAGAACCCAAGGCUACCGACAGCAGCAACAGUGGUGGCCAAUUCAGCAAGACGGUAGCUCCCUCUGAUCCGACCCAACCGCAAGAUUUAUUUCUCUGGCAACAGCCACAAUCUUUGCCUUACUCCGGCUCUUCGCGAGUGACGGCAGCACAAGCUUUCUGGAAUCAAUUUCGUGGCAUUUCACCCGUCGAAGCCAAACAACAACAUUGGAAUCCGUUGGAAGAACCGUCUUUUGACUUUCGACGUUCGCUCACGUCCAAUGACUACGAGCACUUGCUACUCAACAACAACAACAACGACAAUAGUAACAACAACAACAAUAGCAUUGCCGAAACCAAAUUCUUUGCUCUCCAACGAGCGGCACAAUUGGGACAUCCACAAGCACAGCAUGUCUACGCCAAUGCUCUCGCCAGUGGAGUCUUGCCCUUGCAGUAUGAUCAAACAUCACUCUUGGACGUGGCCGACGAUUUCCUCCAAACCCACAGUCACCAAUUGCAAGAAGCCUGGUUGAAUUGGCACAUGGCUGCCAUUAGUGGUCACGUAGAAGCGGCCAUGGCAUUGGGACAUCGAUACGAAACCAUCCGACAGCAAUCCAAAUCAACGUCGUCGUCAACUUCCAAAGCCAAGCGUAAAAGCAGUAGCAACGCCGAAAAAGCCAGUUUCACUUGUCCGGAUGUCUUGCCCUAUUACCAAGCCGCCGCUCAUGGCAUUAUGGAUAUUUUGGAAGCCAGUCCGCACAGCCGUGCCAAAGUAUUGCCACCCAUGGAAAAACAUUUACUAUAUCAAGUCCAUUUGCACGGGGGAACGUCGUCACAACUCGAUUGGCACAACAAACCAGAUGAAUCCUCGGAAGCCAUUCAAUUUUAUCAUUUCAAGGCUACCCGGGCCGUCGAUCCAGAUCCGUCCGCCGCCAUGACAUUGGCUACACUCUAUCAUUACGGAUAUCGAGGGGUCGUACAGAAUUUGACACUGGCGUUGCAGUACUACGAUGUGGCCGCUCAAGCUGGAUCCUGGGAAGCGGCAGGAUUGGCGGGGUGGUUCCAUGUAUUUGGAUUGGGAAUGACGACGGGAAAAGAACGGGACUUGUUCAAGGCACACAAGUACUUUCGACAAGGACUCGCCGGUGGAGGACUCAAGGCAUGUCAGGAACGAAAUCAAAAGAAAAAGAGGUUCAAGGCAAAUUCUCAUCAGGACAGUGUCACGCAGUGUGACCCGGGGUGUUUGAAUGGAAUGGGAUUAUUGCACUUGUUUGGUGUGCCCCUGGCCGUGGACGUGGAUUUGGAUGAUGCCAUUGAUUACUUUACUCUCGCCAAGGAAAUGGGACAUUCCGAUGCGGCGUACAAUCUGGCCAUGGUGACGUUGGGAUGGAAGAGUCAUUACGUGCCGUUAGACGAGGCCUUGGAGAAUGCCAAACAGACUACGGAUAGUACCACUGGUGAGACGAAAGCAUCCUUUACGGCUGUGGAUUUACCGGAUUUUAUGGAGGAUCCCUAUCAAAUGGCGGCAGGGCCAUCGCAAUUGGACAUGCAACAUGCAGUGCAGCAGCUAAUGUUUGCCGUGCAAAAGGGACACUUGCAGGCUCGCCAUCGUCUGGCCAUGUUGUAUGAUACAGGAAUACCCUUGUCGCAAGAGGACAAGUCGUCGUCGCGAGCUUCUCGGGGAAGUGGUAGUCGCAAAAUGAAAGAAGUUCUGCCGCGGGAUUGCGAAAAGUCAUUGAACCAUUACAAAGGCAUUGUCGAUCUUGCCAGUCCACAGGUUCUCCAUCGCUUACGCAAAGCCUACAAAGACUACAUUGCUGGAGAUUCCGACGCCAGUUUGAUCCAGUACAUGAGCAUUGCAGAGUUGGGAAAUGAAAUUGCUCAGGUUAACGCAGCCUUCCUCUUGGAACAAGGGACUUGUCUGGGGCUCUCGUCCACGGAUUGUCACAAGGCCAGUGUCCGAUAUUGGAAGGCAGCAGCCGCGGCUGGAAACCCAGAAGCCUGCUUACGCGUCGGAGACUUUUACUACUAUGGAAAGCUUCGAAAUCCCGAAGAUCCCUUGGGUAGUAUGUGGGAUCGACCCUUUGGCUGGGUGCAGUAUCUCAUCUUUCCCGAAAAAUUUGUGUUUCCUGCUGUCUUUUCAGCAGUUCAAAGAUUUGUUGAGGAGGUGACCGUGUUGAUACUCUCGUCGUCAGAAUCCGGCGAAGACGAGGGCGAGGAAGCGAAGGAGGGGAGCUGUGAAGCAAGCAGCGAGGACGGGACCUGUUCUGCUCCUAUAGAUCCUGCAGACGAACGCAUGCAUCAAGUGAAACAACGCCGAGAAGAGAACGAACAAGAUUUGAAAAUGGCGGCACAUUAUUACCGAAUUGCAGCGGAGAAGCACUCCAGUCCCCGUGCAAACUUUAACUUGGCAUUCCUGCACCAGUGGGGACUGGGUCUAACCCAAGACUUUCCACUCGCCAAGCGGCACUAUGAUUUGGCUGCCUCAAGUGUGGCCGCUUCACGCGAAGCGGAUUUAGCAGUUCAGAUUGCUCUGUGGACACUUGCAUUCCACGAGUAUGUGGUUCGGCUGGUGAUGGCUUGGGAGGAGUACUUCUCGGCUGCCGCAGACGACGAAACGUCGACGCCGUCGAUGGAUUCUGGCUCGAUCAUGGAGGCAGUUCCGAAAGCAAUCAGCAAUAUGAUUGGCAAGCCUGUCCCAGGUGGUCCGACAGAAUCCUCCACGUUCAUGAAUCAAGGGAAUGCUAAGCUGACCAAGAAGGACAUUAUUUUGGCACAUCUCUGGAGCUGGGAGUCUCUGGUUAUGUUGAUCCUAACCUACGUUCUGUGGAUUCUGGUACAACGCACGAGACGGUGAGCGACAGAACUGAUGCCUUUCCUCGAAGACAUCAGACGGCAGUCAGCAACGGAUAAAGCAUAUCGACAUGCUUGGCGACC